AAUGCAGAAGGGGGCGGGUCUUAAUCCCACCCUUUGGUUGGAGCCCCGCCCACAUUCAGUCAAGCGGAUGUACACUCUCGUGCCGACAGAGAUCAGUGUGUUUCCUCUAUAGACAAACGAAGGGAUUGUUAUUAAUAUUUGUCCGCCAUGAUGUUCAUAUUCCUGACAGUUUUCUGUGUUGUCUUUGGUUCUUCCGAAGGUAUUGAUCGCAAGGAAUUGUGCGUUGGCUCAAGUGCAAUGCUACCACAUCGGUGUGCACCCAGUCUCUAUAAUGGCCCGCUGUAUUUUACUCCAACAAAUGGCAGACAAAAGAAAUUACUGAUGGAUAAUAUGGAGGCUAAGGAUCCACGGCUCAUAAUUAAACCAGACUCAGUUGUACUGACAAAGUUGACUGAAACAGAUGAUGGGUCUUUUGCGAUUUCUGGUGCUGAUGGAAAGUUCAUAGAUGUGUUCAUCGUGAAGAUUUUGGACUGUACCACAGAAAUCUCAAAGAUUUAUGGGGAGGAUUUGGAGUACAAGCUUCCUCAAGAUUUUGAGAUCCUGGAGUUCACUCGGUUUCACCAACUACAGGAGACAUUGAUUCUGUGGAAUGGCACAUACUCUUUUGGAGGAAAAGUACAAGUGAGAAAACAGGAUGUUAGGUUGCCCCUUCUCACUCAGGCAGACAAUGGCUUCUACAACUUCAUGAAAAAAGACAGAACUUUGGUGACAAGACUCCGACUCUCUGUAGAAGGUAAUACCAGUUUUUAUGAAAGCGAAUUGAAAGCAUCCGUGUUUAUUGCAUACCCAAAGUUUUUUGGAGCAUGGACUGUGAAGUUCUAUCGAGACGAUGAAGGAGAAAAUGUAACCGUGAUAAGAAGGGGAGUUUUGAUCAGGAGCAACAACCCUCUUCUUCAAAGAAUUCAACUUUUGGAGUUUGGGUUUAAAAUUAAUCGCAUACAAAAGACAGACUCUGGGAUCUUUGAGUUCAGAGAUGUUGCCGGAAACCUGGCUUUGACCUCGCAUUUGACUAUCGUUGAAUCUCACCAUUCGGUGACAUACACUGUUGUUGCUGUUGUUUGUGCCAUUUCGGGAAUUCUCUACUUUUUAUGUCGCAAAAGAAGAUGCUGUAAAAAUACUUCCACUACGACUGCUGAACCUGUCCAGACGACAGCAGGACUUAACACAUAUUACCAUGAUGGAAAUGAGCCUGUAGGUCCAGAAUAUUCAGCAGCAGCUUAUCCUCCUCAGCCCACCAAAGAUGUGGUUUCUCAUGAACCUGCCACCGCCUUCCCUGGGCCUUUGGGUGGAAAUCAGCCUGCAGGUCCAGGAUAUUUCCCACCACCUUAUCCUGCAAUGUAUCCUCCUCAGACAGUGAACGCUGUUGUUUCUAAUGAACCUACAGUUGCCUACUCUGGACCUGUGACUACAGGUCCAGGAUUUUAUGCUCCACCCAAUCCUGCAGCUUUCCCUCCGCCAGUAGGGAAUGUUGGGAUGUCUCAUGAUGCAGCUGCUUCCUCUGGACCUGUGGGUUUUCAUCCAGUAAAUAUGAAUGUGAACAUCUCCCAGAGUGAGGUGACACCACCAACCAAAGAGUCAUGUGCUCCACCUUCAACCUUUGGUUCCGACAUGUCGUUUGAGUUGAAAGGACUGAAUUUGCCUUCUGAUCUCCCACUUAGUUCAGAAAGCCCAUCCACUAAUGUCAACAAACCAAAUGAAUUUAACUUUUUAUAAUAAGCAUGCCAUAAAACUAGUAAUGUAUACUAAUUCAGUUUCUGGCUGAAUUUUUAAACAAUGUACUGAAUGCUGACUAAAUAUGAAACUGGCAUGAUAGAUGUGUGUUUUUUGGUGUUUAUAUUUUACAUAUACUUCAUAACUUGA